AUGUCAACGACAGAGCCAUUAUUAGCAGAUGGAAGUUUGCGUUCUGAUAAUAAUAUCAAUGCAUUUUUGCAUCCAUCUUAUUCGUUCGGGCAAUUCCCUGAACCAGGUUGGAUUUUUGAUGAAUUGCCAAAAGCAACCAUUGUUUCGGUCUCAAGACCUGAUACUGCAGGAGAUUUUAGCCCCAUGCUUCUGUCUUACAACAUUGAAUUACAAUACAAACAGUUCAAGUGGCGGUUACUGAAGAAAGCAUCACAAGUUCUCUACUUGCAUUUUGCUUUGAAAAAACGUACACUUAUCGAGGAACUUCAUGAGAAACAAGAGCAGGUUAAAGAAUGGCUCCACAGCUUAGGAAUAGCAGAUCAAAUAGCAGUCGUGCAAGAUGCUGACGAACCGGAUGAUGGUGCUGUUCCAAUACCUAACCAAGAAGGAAGUGUUAGAAACAGAAAUGUCCCAUCCAUUGCUGCUUUGUCAUUUCUUCGUCCGGCACUAGGAGGGCAGCAGGGUGUUUCAGACAGAGCAAAGGUGGCAAUGCAGAAUUAUUUGAAUCAUUUCCUAGGAAACUUCGAUAUCGUAAAUUCUCGAGAGGUCUGCAAAUUUUUGGAGGUCUCUAAGUUGUCCUUCUCGAGGGAAUAUGGUCCAAAGCUGAAAGAAGGCUACAUUAUGGCAAAGCAUCUUUCAAAAAUCUCCAAGGAUGAUAGUGAUAUAACAUGUUUGCCCUGCCAAUGGUUCAAUUUCUGUGAUAACAAUUGGCAGAAGGUGUGGGCUGUUUUGAAACCUGGGUUCCUGGCCUUUCUGGAAGAUCCUUUUGACACCAAAAUAGUAGAUAUUCUUGUUUUUGAUAUUCUACCAAACUCAAAUAGUAAGGGAGGAAACCAAGUAUUAGCAAGCCAGAUAAAGGAACACAAUCCUUUGUAUUAUGCAUUCAAGGUUUCUUCAGGAAAUCGGAGCAUAAACCUAAGAAGCUCAAGUGGUAGCAAAGUUAAAGAAUGGGUUGCUGCAAUCCAUGAUUCUGGGUUAAAGCCUCGUGAGGGGUGGUGUCAUUCUCACCGCUAUGGUUCCUACGCUCCUCCAAGGGGUUUAGCUGAGGAUGGGAGUCAAGCUCAAUGGUUUGUGGAUGGUCAUGCAGCUUUUGAAGCAAUUGCUUCUGGAAUAGAGAAUGCAAAAUCAGAGAUAUUUAUCACUGGCUGGUGGCUUUGCCCUGAGCUGUAUCUAAGACGGCCUUUCCAGGAUCAUGCUAGCUCCCGGCUUGAUUCUUUGCUAGAAGCUAAAGCUAAGGAAGGGGUUCAGAUUUAUAUCCUUCUCUACAAGGAGGUUUCUAUUGCUUUGAAAAUUAACAGUAUGUACAGUAAGAAAAGGCUCCUUAACAUUCACGAGAAUUUGAGAGUUCUGCGCUAUCCUGAUCAUAUCUCAUCUGGUGUCUACUUAUGGUCACACCAUGAAAAACUCGUGAUCAUUGAUUAUCAGGUUUGCUUUAUUGGAGGAUUAGAUUUAUGCUUUGGCCGUUAUGACACUAUUGAACAUAGAGUUGGUGAUUGUCCACCGGAGAUAUGGCCUGGAAAGGACUAUUAUAAUCCAAGAGAAUCAGAGCCGAAUUCCUGGGAAGACGUAAUGAAAGAUGAACUGGAUCGUAGAAAAUAUCCACGAAUGCCAUGGCAUGAUGUCCAUUGUGCUCUCUGGGGACCGCCUUGCCGCGAUGUUGCUAGACACUUUGUUCAACGCUGGAACCAUGCUAAGAGAACCAAAGCACCAAAUGAGCAAACAAUUCCGCUACUGAUGCCUCGCCACCACAUGGUCCUCCCUCAUUACAUGGGAAGAAGUAUAGAUAUUGUUAACAAGAAUGCAGAAGGAAGCCAGAAAGAUAUCAGCAGAAUAGAUUCCUUUGCCUCACUGUCUCCAAUCAAAGACAUCCCUUUGCUUUUACCUCAAGAAGCUGAUGCAACAGUUUCUAAUGGUGUAAGUCACAAGUUAACUGCUACAAACAUCAAUAACAAUGUUCUUGAUCAAUCAGCUGGGCUCGAAGGGAGUUUUUCAUUCACUUUGCAGAAGUCCAAGGAAGAAAGUUUAGCUCAAGAUACACCAGUGAAAAUUACUGCUGAUGAACUUGAUUUUGAGGAUCUUGAAAGCACAAAGCAGAUGUCAGAUCAAUCGUCAGAAAAAUCUGAGAAAGAUGAUCCUGAUGUUUCUGCCAGUGAAUGUGGACAAGUUGGGCCACGUGUGGCGUGUCAGUGUCAGGUUAUCAGAAGUGUCAGUCAAUGGUCUACCGGAGCCAGCCAACCAGAAGAAAGCAUUCAUAAGGCUUACUGUUCUCUCAUUGAGAAAGCCGAACAUUUUAUCUACAUAGAGAAUCAAUUUUUUAUAUCAGGACUUUGGGAAGAUGAGAUUAUCCAGAAUCGGGUUCUGGAUGCACUGUACAACCGUAUUUUACAAGCACACAAAGAAAAGAAGUGUUUUCGGGUCAUCAUUGUCAUACCACUCUUACCAGGUUUCCAGGGAGGUGUGGAUGAUGGUGGGGCAGCAACUGUCCGAGCCAUCAUGCAUUGGCAGUAUCGGACCAUAUCCUGGGAGAAGACCUCGAUACUGUAUAACCUCAAUGCAUGGCUUGGCCCUAAAACACAGGAUUACAUUUCUUUUUAUGGUCUGAGGACGUAUGGUAGCCUUUUUGGGGGCGGUCCUCUGGUCACAAGUCAGGUUUAUGUGCAUAGCAAAGUUAUGAUAAUAGAUGACCGUAUUGCAUGUAUUGGAUCAUCUAACAUCAACGAUAGGAGUUUGCUUGGAUCUAGAGACUCUGAGAUUGGGGUGGUUAUUGAAGACAAGGAGUUUGUUGAAUCAUCGAUGAAUGGAGAGACUUGGAAAGCUGGAAAAUUUGCGUAUAGCCUGCGGUGCUCCCUGUGGUCCGAGCAUCUUGGUCUUUCUGCAGGAGAGAUGGAUAAAAUCAGCGAUCCUGUUGCAGAGACAACAUAUAGAGAUUUAUGGUUGGCAACCGCAAAGGAAAACACGAAGAUUUAUGAUGAUGUCUUUGCUUGUCUUCCUAAUGAUCAUAUCCGCUCGAGAGCUGCACUCAGACAAAGCAUGAACCACUGGAAGGACAAACUUGGUCAUACAACCAUUGACUUAGGAAUAGCUCCUGAGAAGAUAGAAUGCAAUGAAAAUGGAGAGACUAAGAUGAUAGACGUAAUUGAAAGAUUGAAAUUAGUAAAGGGCCAUCUUGUAUCCUUUCCAUUGGACUUCAUUUGUGAAGAAGAUUUAAGACCAGUUUUCAAUGAGGGAGAAUUUUAUGCAUCCCCUCAAGUAUUUCAUUAA